GUUGCUUCAGCCAAAGAGUGACCCAACGGUCACUAAUUUGUGAUCAGGACCGUUGGCCUGGCAUUGCCUUCUCUUUGAUUCUUGCGCCGUCCACAAAUUUUCAAAAUUAUUCUCUCGUAUGAUUUUUAUGAGCUUGGGUCUCUCCUUUUGGAAGCAGUCCAGAGCAUAUCGCCGACUGCCUCCCCUCCCGCCUCCUUUCCGAUGACAACAUGGCCGUGGAUCCCCUUUCCCCCAUUGCGCCCGCGCGUUUGAGGGCACUGCUACUUCCUGUCGGGAGGAUCAAGCGCUCGAGGUUCCUUAGCUUCGCUGCAAGACUACAGGCGGAAAAUGUUGUCCGCCUGGGAGAUAUCAGUCCCAAUGCGCGACCCAAUCGAAAUAUGUUUUCUCCACUUGCAUUUCCGACUGGAAUGAUAAUAUAUGACCUUACUUUUUCCGUCCCUCCCAUAUCACAUUUAGAGUUGUUCCCAUUCGAGGUCUUCCGAGAACCCUUGGUCGUCAUAGCUAUAGCGGAUGGAGCCGAGCUACCUGAAGAAAAUGAAGAGACUGAGGCAGAUUCAGCCACAAGGUCCGGCGAUCGGAUGCAACCCGGGCUAGACGAACUGUUGGACGGACUGCGCUUGGUCAAGGAGAAAAACACUCGGGCUCUAGUUCACCAGCUCUUGAUCUUCGAUCGUGAGGGAGUGAGCAAGCUCUCGAGUGGUCCCGACGGUAUCAUCUGGGUUCCCCGACCUGAAGCGUCUAAGGCGACCACGAUAAAGACUGCGUUGUGUGAUAUCACGUCGAUACUGCUUUCCGAGCUUGACGAGCCUGCCGACAGGCUGAUUCACCGGAUGACCCUGCCUACGCAUCUCCCAUCCCACCCCAAUGAUGCACCGGAUUCUUUGGCUUCCAUUAAGACCUCGCCUGGUCCAAGCGAGCACGAGACACCCACGACCUUUGACGAAAUUACACGGUCUAUUCAGUUGGCUAAUCGCUCAAGUACCUUUGGCAAACCCAACUCUCUGCCGACCUCGAAAGAGCAUAGCCGUGAUCGAAUGUCAGUGAGUGGAGUGAGUGCUACUGAUCGCACGAAAAACCGGAUCAAAGGCCGUACCGGAGUCGUGAUUGGGACCCUCUUUCUUCAGACGGGGAGGUGGCCAGACGCUCUCAAAGAGUUGGUAGAAGCAGCGACAAAUGCCAGGGCAAGCAGCGAUUAUGUUUGGCAUGCCAAAGCUCUCGAGUCAAUCCUUCUUUGUCUUCUCAUGUUCGCAUGGGCAGGCAUGGAUUUCCAGAUACCUCCGAUCUGCUACCCGGUCGCCGACAAAUCCUCCAAAGCAAUCCAAAGCAGUGCUCUUGAAGUGGGACAGUCUACGCCUGGGAACCGCAUCAUCUCCCUUCAAAAUCUUGCUAACCUCUUACCCGACCUUGCGAACAAUAUCCUUCAUCUCUACGAUCGUGCCUCCAACAUUACGGAUGAGCCGGUGCCCCAGCUUGUCUUUUCGGAGACGGUAAUCCGGCUCUCAAGAUUGCUGGUAGCCGCGCGAAUACGGGAUGGCGCUCUGGACGACAAUGCUUUGAAGCACAUCGUAAUGAACGAGCCUUUGCUGCCACUGCAUCGGCCAGAACGUCCUCGUGGCUUGGUCAUCCUCCGCCAGUCAGAGAUUGCGAAUUUCCUGUUCCGUGCUUUACCACUCUCCCCUAGCUCAGAUCUGCCUGCAACAGAUACUAUACCGAUUAUCGUUGGAGUCGUGUCUGUACUGAAUGUGCUUGAUCUACCGCGGAAGAAAGCAUUUAUUUUGCGGGAAUUCCUUUCGGUAAUAGUCCCAACUCUCGUUCAGGCCCGCAAAAUUGGUGCUGCAGAAGUUGGGAUUCACCCCGCCGCUGGGUUGGCGUCGCUCAGUGAUACAGCAUUUGAUAUCAACGCUCUUGAUGUUGGAUCAGGGAAUAUGGAAAGUAGUAUGCGUGCCCUUUUGGGCCUCACAGGGGAAAUAUAUGGUGUUCAACCAUCUCCAUUCUACGAGUGGGAGAAGAAACGUUCCUCGACUGCAAGUGGAACGGACCCAAUCCCUGAGUAUGACUCUAUCGCGGCCAUUAUUGAGCGGUCAUUUCGCCAUGUGGCCCUGGACAGAUAUGGUGACCUGAAUUUGAAAAUAGACGCCCUCAAAGCGUGCAUCAACUGCUGCGAGGCGCUUCCUGAUUUUACUGGCGUUCUCCGGUUCACAGUUGAACUGCUCCAAACCAUUCGGGGAGACCUGAUGCUUGCUGAAAAUUAUUAUCAGCCUCCGUUUCUGCCGCAAGAUGAGCAGGUUCGCCUAUUGAACAAUAUCAAGCGAACAGUGGGCGCUGCUCAUAAGCUUGGCGCUUCGGAUCUAGAAGCAGAAUACUGGGAUGACUUCCUCGUGCGUGACAUUCGGCUCCUUACUCUACCUGACUCUAAGAGACCUGUUCGACGUUCUAAGUCACAUCUUGACGUGGUCUCAGGCAAUGGCGACAAGCCCUCUAAAGACCCAUUCUUAUAUAACCCAUUCUCUAAAACAAGCAGUAAAAUCUCUGAGUCGCUCAUGAUCGCUGGUGAGCAUGCAGCAUUCACAGUUACUCUUCAAAACCCCUAUGAGUUUGAAAUCGAGAUCGAGCGGAUUCGUCUGCAUGGUGAAGGUGUGCCAUUAGAUGCUGUUGCAGAAUGGAUAAUACUUCCACCACUUUGUCUACAAGAAGUGACGGUUAUCGGAACUGCCCCUACAGAAGGGACAGUUAAUGUCACCGGCUGUAUUGUCAAAGUGCGAUAUUGCAGGGAACGCAAAUUCCCGGUAUUCAAGGAAUUCUGGAAACCAGAGAUUGAAAUGAAGUUCAAGCGAACAGGUCUCGCGGCUAAAAAGCCUUUGACAGAUCGGCCGCUGUCCUGGAGCUCUACCACUUCGAAAGAUGGAAAACAGCAGCCGAAGAAAGGCCCCGAGACAAGGUCCUGUGAAGUCAAAGUCAUUGGCCAACAGCCAUCCCUCGUGAUUGAGUCGAUGUCAUUGUCGCAAUCAGCGGUGAUGGUACUGGAAGGAGAAACCCAGUCCUUCAACAUCACGCUGCGUAACACGUCGAGCUGCCCCCUUGACUUCAUAACUUUCACGUUUCAUGAUUCUACUACGAGACAGAUUCAAUCCGCGCUGACGAACAAAGACCUGCUGCCGGUAGAAGUGUACGAGUUAGAACUGCAAUUAUCUAUGAAACCAGGCUUGCGAUGGCGCCGACAGGGUUCUUCACCGGAAGAUCUCGUCAUCGAUGCGGGACAAAGCGCGACAUUUUCUCUCGACAUUGUCGGCAAACCGGGCUUGCAAGAUACGACUGUGCAGAUUGAUUAUUCGUAUAUUGGGCUUUCCAACGGCCAAUUACCGGAGGUGUUCUACACGCGGCAGUUGUUCAUACCGCUUACCGUGACGGUGAAUGCUAGCAUUGAAGUGGCCCGUUGCGACAUCUUACCUUUUAGCAGUGACUUUGCAUGGCGGAACAGCCGGGGAUUGGAGCUGGACUCUGUCGGGAACAACACCACGGACGGCGACCCAUUUGCCCCAGUGCUAUCUCAUCUGGGACGAGGCGCAUACGGGCACGACCACUGCAUCUUGCUACUUGAUUUGCGAAACGCCUGGCCGAACCCUUUGUCAGUCACUUUACAAGUGAGUGAGCAGCCAAUGGAAGAGGGUUCUGCGGAGGAAUUCACUUCCCGGGUUGGACAGUACACCAUCACGGGAGAGCUCCAGCCGGGGCAGAUCUCACGCUUUGUUCUUGUCCUCCCUCGUGUCUAUGUGGACAAUCCACAUGCUUCGAUACCGGUUCUGAAUACUGGAAUCAAGAGGCAGUUUGUCGUGAGUGCAAACAAGCUCACCUUCGAGGCAGAAGCAGCGUCACGGGAGGCUUUCUGGUUCCGGGAGGAACUGCUCAAGAGAAUCUCUGGCGUCUGGAAAGAGAGCACCACGACUUCUGGCCACAAGGGAGUCAUUGAGCUAAGAGGCAUACGAAUGAACGCACGGAUGGUGGACGCCUUUCGACUUGAAGCCAUGGAUAUCAGCUUUUCCCUGAAGCCCUCCUUUCCGAAACAGAAGGCAUCUACCGCGGACAGCAUUGAUGAAGUGAUGCAGAUUGGGCGGUCAAAGUAUAAGGUACAGACCGACGAGAUGCUCGAUCUCACCGUUACCGUCCGGAACCGCUCCUCAAAGCCUAUCCAUCCACUUCUCCGGCUCCAGCCCAGUCUUCGCCACCAACCUAGUAACGUUGCUCUUGAUCUUUCGAGGAGGCUGGCCUGGACCGGCAUGCUGCAGCAAGUGCUGCCUAUUUUGCCCAGUGGAGAGAGCACUAGUGUCACCAUUGGAGUUACCAUCUUCUGCCACGGCGAGUACGAAGUCGGUGCAAGUAUUGAAGAAGUGCGAACCCUGAGAUCGCUGCCUGGAUUCGAAAAGGAUCAAAAGUCAGCGGACGAUGCGCCCGCACUACACGAUGAUGAGGCCAUCAGAGACUCAUUUGGAUUAGAUGUUUCUCGGAGAAGACGGAUCUGGCAUGCCAGAGAGACAUGUAUCAUGCAUGCUUGUGAUUAACUGUGUGAUCCUCCUCUUAAUGUACAGAUUUGCGGCCCUGAAACGACCUGGUUUGACGACAGCCAUGAACAACGUGUAUGAUUACUCCUCAACUUCACACUUUUGAAUUGUAUGAUUGAAAAGUCGAGCCAGCCGCUUGAGCGUUCUCGCUGAGGUGUACUAUGGACUGGCUUCUGCACCUGAAUAUAUAAUGUGGUUGCUUCUUUUAUUGCAUGG